AAAAAAUAUAUUCUGAACCAAUGGACUGCAGACAUAGUACAAGAAAUGGCUAGAGACUGCGGAUGUACUACAGCAAAUGACCAGAGACUGCGGACAUACUACAGGAGAUGACCAGAGACUGCAGACAUAGUACAGACAUAGUACAGGAGAUAGUACUGGUAGUAUUACAGAAGAUGACCAGAGACUGCAGACAUACUACAGGAGAUGACCAGAGACUGCAGACAUAGUACAGGAGAUGACCAGAGACUGCGGGCAAGGUACAGGAGAUGACCAGAGACUGCGGAC